CACUCUUCUCACCCUUCUCAGCUUUUCGUCUGUUAACUGACAUGCUCGCUCUCGUAACUCUUAUCGCACAGAUCCUUUAGAUCCCCCAAGCCUUGCUGCGCGCUCUAGCAGCCUCACCCCCUCAGAAAUCUUGCUGCCAUCCAGCUCCUUCUCUGUACCAACAUGCCUCCAGCGGGGGCCUCUCGCACGGUUGCGGCUGCUCCCACCUCAGACCGUCGCCAAUCCACUCGACAAGGACGUACGAGCGUCACUCGGCCCACGAAUUACUAUGCGCGUCCCUUUGCUGGCCGACUGGCCGCUAUGGGCAGUUUAGAGCAGACUCCACCAGUUUCGAACAGCACGCCCGGCUUUCUCCCAGCGCUUACACACUUCACUCAAGCUGUAGAUGCUUUCCCUAAAGAGCUCAUCAAGCACUUCGCCAUGCUCAAGGAAGUAGAGGCCAAGAUCUACGACCCAGAGAAUGUGUUGCAGCUCCUGCUUGCUGAAAUCGCCAGACAGCCCAUCCCAACCAUGGGCGAGCGAUCCGCUGUCGCAUAUAAUCAGAUUGGAGGGGAUAACGCCAUCAACGGAAGCGCCAAUGGGUCACAAGCACAGGAUGCUCCGACGCGACACCAGCUCCCCAUGGAGCUCUUCCCGGCCGACCCCAACAACCUUCCCCCCGAAGAACUCGCCGGCUUGAAGAAGCGACAACUAUUCUUCCGCUUGCGCAUGGUGAUUGCAUCCAUGCUCCCUGCACUGGACGAGAAGCUGGUGGUGCUAAAUUCGGCGAAAACUACCAAGGACAAGGGCCUCGCCCGCAUGAACAGCUCAUAUCCUCAUCUUGAUAGCGAGAUCAGCGAGGAGGCGCGCUACGGUAGCCUCAACCAUUGGGCUUAUGCAGAUAAAGAAGAGAAGAAGAAAGGUGGAGCAUCACAUGAGCGCCACCGUCGUGAAGUGGUUUCGGCCAACAACUUGGCUGCAGCUGCCCAGAUUGUACAUGAUGCUGACUCCAUAGCGGCGAAGAGCGAGGCGAGACGCGAAGCUAUGUUGGCAAAUAAACGGAAUAGAAACCAACACAUUGACUCCGAUUUCGACGACAGACCAGUAACGAAGAAAACGCAGAAGCGAAAAGCGGUCGCAGCGGACACUGCUGCUGCUGCUUCUGCUGCUACUGCUGCUGCAGCAGACUCGCGGGGCAUCGGGCUGGGAAUAACGAGCAAUGGGGCUACACAACAGGGCAAGAGGAAGAAGACUGAGAAAGCUUUAGCGGCCGCUGCCCCAGCAAUGGAUCGAUCAUUAAGCAGCGCUUUGCAGGCUGCGGGCCCUGCUAGUCGGGGUGGCACCAGCCCUCGAGCUACACCAGGCACCGAAAAUGGAGGAAAGCGUAAACCUCGAGCCGCACCGGGACCUCCACAAGGGCGCAAACGUGCGUUGCCCGCCUACUCGCCUCCACUUGCAUCCUCACCACUCGCCCCAAACUUCAAGAUAACAGCGGCUGCUACAGAGCGACCAGUGUCUUCACGUGCAAGAAAGAACUCCACCGCAAAUUCGGUGGCAUCUGCUCCACAGGAACCCUCCUUGGCACGCCGGCCAUCGUCCUCGCACUCGAAUCUGCAGUUGGCCAGUAGUGAUGUAAUGACCGAAUUGGAACAGGCGGCAGGCAUCAUCCAGGAAAAUCUGUCCGUGAAGGGAGACUCCACUCCUAAGGAGCCUCCCGAUGCAUUGGCGCCCAUGGAGUCCUCGAACCUUAAGCACGAGGAAGUGGAACCACAAGAGGGUGAAGGCAUGGAGAUCGAUGUGCCGGCACCUGCUCCCGUAACGACCCGGGUUGGCCGAACUUCAAAGACGGCGACACCCGUUGUAGGAACGUUCCCUGAUGUACCCAUGGUUCGCAGUCGGAGUACGCGCAACGCAAGCAAUGGCAACGGAGGCGGCUCAAACUCGCAUGCAUCUUCAGAGAAUAACAGCACCACUACCGGUGCAGUAUCCAAACGCGGACACAAGAAGAACGCUGCAUCGAUCACAACAGCCGUGGUGUCGUCCCCUGCGCUCAAACCCACAAAGGACCCUAAAUCCGGCCCCCCAUCUUCAAGCGGAGAAUCAGUGGCCCCAGAACCCGAGUUCAGCGAUGGAGUGGAUGAAGACGGUGACGAGCCGCGCUACUGCUACUGCAAUGAAGUCAGCUACGGGAACAUGGUUGCUUGUGACAACGACACAUGUCCCCGUGAGUGGUUCCAUCUCGCGUGCGUUAACAUGGAGAAACCACCCAACUCUCGAACGAAAUGGUUCUGCAGCGACGAGUGCAAGGAGGCUCAGCAGGCGCGAGGGAAAGGUGCGAAGGGAGGGCGUCCAGGUAGUAGCAGACAAUAGGGUUUAAGUAGGAGUUCAAGGAGUUCUCGGCCAGGAUCUAAGAGGAAGGGAUUUAAGGGACUAUGGGAUGGGUGGGAUGCCCUUUAAUUCGGUUGCUUUGUAGAGUUUACGUUUCACGGCGUUGAAGUUGGUCCCUUUGUCUACCAGACAGGAGGCAUAGAUAUUAACGCAAGAGUGGGUGGAGGUUUUUUGGGUUCAAGGACGAAUCAAACCGGGGUUUCCCUCGCUUGUGUUGAAGGCUUGGGAUACCACGUGCAAUGUCAUUAUUAUCAGGUUUUUGUCUGCAAUAGAGGAGUUGAUUGCAU